AUGCAGCGCUCAUUGAGACUGAUCAGGGCUUCUGAGACUGAGUCUGUUGAGUUAGCUUCACACAGGUUACGGCAUGUUGCGAUUAACUGGUAUGAGUCCUGGGAGCUGUCCAGGGGUGAGGGUGCUCCCCCAACGCUGAGGCAGCGAGGCAGGAGUGUUCGAGAGUACAGCUUGGAGUUUGAUUCUCUGGCCCGAUAUGCACCUACUAUUGUAGCUGAUAUGGAGGACAGGAUGUAUCGGUACGUGAUAGGGUUAGAUCGUUAUUUGGUUGACAGCUAUAUGGCGAUGGCAUCUCAGUCCGCCAUCAGACGACUUGAUGAUGCAGGGCCGUCUGGGGCCGGCCAAAGUUCUAGAGCAUCAGGUCCACAGACGAGCAGAGGUUCUGGUCAGUCUAGGCCCCCUAUGCCUCGGUGUUCUUAUUGUGGGAGAUCACAUCCCGGGGAGUGCUAUCGAGCUACAGGAGCCUGCUUUUCUUGCGGCCGUCAAGGCCAUAUCAUGCGAGAUUGUCCGUUGGCGAGUGGUGCAGCUGGCGCAGUUCAGCCGGCAGGAUCAGUUGCUGGUUCAUCGUCUACCCCUCCAGCUGCACAUUCUGCGGGAUGA